AUGACUACAAAUCAAUGCGCCAUUGGGAUAGAGACCACACUAUGGCAAGCUGUGUUUGGAGAAGCUACGUUUGGGUUAAUCGCAUUGGAAGACGACCCCGGGAGGCAGACAUCAGGCUCGAAGUACUGGAAGAAAAUGGCUAGGAAUCACGUGUCUUGGCAGCUCCACGCCACAUUCAGACCGAUCAAAUCCCAAUCCCCCAGGCCCCAUUCCACCAACUACGCCGCUACAUAUUUAAACCCUACCCCCAAAGUGCAAUGGAGCGCAACAAUGGAGCAGUGGGUGCACAGUCAGCCUGCGUUAUGUCGGCAAGAAACCAACAGCGGCGAGAGUACAAAGCACAGAAAUGAGGGCGGUAUUGGAUGCAGCGGCAAAUGCGGAACCUGGCGUAUUAGCAAAAUGAGGAGAGCAGUUUUCAGGAUAGCGGGCCUUGGGGCAGCCUAUGGAUAUGCAUACCAGCAGAAUCAUAAUACACAUCUAGAGUUAGGAUUCGGGUUGAACAACAUUAAUGGCAUGGCACCUACGACACCCUCCUGGCCUUCGCCACCUACCCCCGACUCCAUCGCUCUUCUAAAAACCCUUUCCCACUUUCACAAUCCCCUACUCUCCCCACGCCCUCAUCACUUCGCCCUGCUCUUCGCGCAAGGCGAAACUAGCGCCAGGAGCACCAGGGAGACGAUGCUGAAAAAAAUUGGUCGAAAGACGCGGAAAUGCAGGAUCAGGAGCAGGAGCAGCGGGAUUGGUAUGAGGUCGCAGAUAAGGGAUAUCGGGCAAAAGCUUUCCAUCUACAACUCAGUCCGCCUAAUAUUAGGGGCCGAUGGGCCUCGAUCUCAGCAACCUCAUCACUUGGAAUCCAGAACUUGUCUGUGCGUUUAUCGUUAUCAAUAUUCAGCUGGUGAACAAAAAUUCAUCGAUGUCAAUCAGAACAUUCGGGCUAAAAAAAACACAUGGAUUGCCUCCAUUUACUCAGUAGCAAACUCCGCUCACUACCCAAUCCAUAUAAAUCCCAACAUCUCCACCCUUGCCAUAAUCUCACCGGACCUCUCACAAUCAGACGACGCAGCGCUAAUGCGGAUGGGAAGGCCGUUGGGCGGCCCGAAACGAGGAGUACGUGCAGUGAAAGCUCCCCGCUCACUGGAACGAGCCCAAGGUUGUUAUGAUGAACCGUGGUUUCCUCCAGCCCCCUGCCUCACUUUAACGGCGGAGAUUUGUCCCGCUGCCGGAAGCCUUGGAGCUUCUGCGGUUCACUCCAUGUCUUGGGCAGCUGCGAUUGACAUCUUGCUCACUGGUCUUAUUCUUCAUGGGGCUGCUUCUUGUCAGCUUUUCCAACUCAGUUUCGCAUACAGUCUCAAAUCGACACGUGUCUUACGAAUACAGUAUCCUUCUGCUUUGAGCUCUUCCGCUGACAAGAAAAUCAGUCCUCCGACACAACAAACCGAACCCUCGACGCGUCUUUCAGCUACCGCUCUUCAAGAAAGCAUAGUGCUUCCUGCAGCUGGCCCACCGCGUCAAUGUACCUCGUCACCCAUCGCUUACCCGGUAUACCCUUUCAGUAACGUUCCCUUUCUCCUCGGCCCAGACGCACCGUUAGCGUAUCGCCCUUACUCCCCCAAUAAGACUCUGCGCAAGACUGGUCAGCUCCCAUGGCUCCUUCCUUACUUGACGCGGGAGAGCGGCUUCCAGGAUUUCGCAUCGCUCGGGAAAUGGAUGACUGGAAGUGCAGAGAAGCUUGUCUCAACGACCCAGUCGGGGAUGACUAGCGAAGAGCCAUUUGGAGAGCCGCUAACUGGUGCUGGAUACUGGGGCGCAGAUCUGUUGGAUCGGGCGUUUUCAGUGCAGAUUGGGGCGCGCUGCUUGGAAUACCGCGAUGAGGACUAUGAUAGGCGUGGCAGCUUGUGGCUCUGCGACUCUUUGAUGGAAUCCAAAGACACCACUUUUUGCGAUGCGCGCACUUCGGAUGAGUCGACUGAAGCGGCUUCACCGUGGGUAUUCGGCGUCCGACCCACUUGGCAUUUCAUGAGCACAACGGAAAGCCUAUCUUCGAUGCUCAGUGGUCGGAAUAGGAAAGGGGAUUAUGCACAGAAGACGAGCUGUCUGGGUCAAGUGACUGCUGUCGCGACACUCAUUCACUGUCUUCGCACCCAAACCUACCUGAUUGGGUUUAGUACGGAGCUGGCUAGGCUUAUUUUGAAGCUUCAGGCCCCUCCUUUUGGAGACUCCAAUCUCCACUUUUCCGCUGCAAUCUUGCUCAUUAGGAUUUUACAAACAUACCAUUUCAUACAUGUUAGGGAAUACUCGAGGAUACUCUUCACAGACAUGCAGGAUUUGCCUGCAGCUAGAUUUGGUAGGCUCACAAUACUAGCUCUAAGGCACCGUGUCAUUUAUGGUAUUUUGUGUGUUGUGGUACCUGGCAAGAGGGCAGUAUCACAGGGGAGAGAUAAGCGUGCAUAUGUGACGCAGAACCCGAUAUUGGGUUGCUCCAUGAUGCAGGGGAAGGAAGAAUCAAGGACUAAAUGCGGAAUUUUUGUUUCGUUCGUCGUACCUAACAUGCUUUGGGGUAUUCUCAUGCCUGGUUACUGCCAGAUAAAUGUUUGUGCUAUCAUCAUAUCAUCAUUAUCGUCCUACGAUGCUUAUUUUCGGGAGUUUGAAGUAAUGGUUUUGGUAGGAAUUCGAGGACUAGAGGAGCUAGGCAAACGCAUCAGAUUGUCCAACUGCGCGUGGAUACCCAGGCAAUGGGAGGCUGCUCGCAACUCUGAUGGUGAUUGUAUGUCGGUUGAGGAAAGGGAAACAAUAUGA